AUGGACCGGAGCACUGUUCCAGAGUUGAAGACAAUUCAGAAUUUUGUGUACAACUACAAACGAUCCACCCUGAUGAAUACCGAUUUUGUUGACGAUGUGAUUUCUCUCGCCAAGGAAUCGCGUUACAGCCCUGAACUUGAUGAUUUGACCCCGUUUUCGUUUGGAUACAAAUUGGAUAACGAUGGAAAUCCAGUGUUGGGAGAUGGAAACGAUGAGUAUCCAUUUAUUGUAGCCUUUUCAACAAAGUACAUGCUACGGCAACUGUAUAGAUCUCUCGGAGAAUUUAUGCCUCCAGACAUUUUCACUGCGUCGCGCUUUUCAUUACUUCUCAAAGAACGCAUGUACAAUACGCUGCAGCACUAA